AUGAGUCGCGGCCGGAUCGCGCCCCGCCCGGAGCCGACGUGCUCGCCGUCCACGGGCGAGUACUAUGUCGACGCCUCGGAGGGUGAUCUCCAGGUCGAUGUGUUGAACUGGACGCUAGCCAACGGCGGCCUCGCGCCCAAGUCAUGGACCGACUACCUCUACUUGUCGGUCGGCAGCCCUCUCUCCAACGCCGGCGCAAGCGGGCAAGACUUUCACCACGGACCUCAGAUCAGCAAUGUCCACGAGCUCGAUAUGGUCACAGGCAAGGGCGAGCUGAUAACAUGCUCAGAAGAGCAGAACUCAGAGCUGUUCCAUGGAGUUCUCGGUGGUCUGGGACAGUUUGGGAUCAUCAUCAGAGCCCGGAUUGCACUGGAGACAGCUCCUCACGGGGUGAGAUGGAUCCGAGUACUGUACGACUCCGCGGCCUUCACCAGAGACCAGGAGCUCCUCGUCUCGCUCCACAGCGCCCACCGGAGCGAAAGAUUCGACUACAUCGAAGGCUUCGUCAUCAUUGAUGAAGGCCUCAUCAACAGCUGGAGGUCGUCCUUCUUCCCCAAGAACCCUGUUAAGCCUUAUGCUCCUCGGCUCCAUUCUCCCCAAAAUUGCGACCGCACGACCAACCCACCUGAAAACAAGAGCCAUGCAUCGGACUCCCCUUGCGUGACAACCGACGCAUAG